AUGGGGCGGCGAGCCAAAGACGUCGGCGCGCUCUCGCUCGGCCACAGCUGUGGCAUCGCCAUGGGCGCUGUCUUCGGCAUGUUCUGGAUGCGCGUCGUCCUUGCCUUCACGUACGUGGAGACCAUUUUCUUUAUGAUCCUGCCCGUCUCGGCCUCGAUCCUCGUCGUCGCCGAGCAGCGGUCGCUCGGCCCCAUCUUUGACAAGCUGCUCUUCAAGAUCCAGUCGACGGUCUACGUCGCCAUCGAGUCGUCGAGCAUGCCCCGCAAGACGCGGGCAAUGUCGACGACCACCACGCUCACGGAGGGCUCCUUGGCGCAGCACGAGGCGUCACCCAGCUCGUCGCCGGCCGCUUCGCCUGUCCACAAGCCUGCCAUGUACCGCAAGAGCUCUGCUGCGUCCAACUCGUCCGAGCUCAUCUCAACCGCGCAGAGCA